CCUCCUCAACACUCAACGCCAGGACCUCCUAAGGAUGCUCUCCGCUCUUCGCACCAUGCGCUUAAACGCGCGACUUGUAUCGCCCCUUUCGAGGUCUACAGUGCUCUCGUUGGCAUCGCGCUCUGCCCGCGUGUCACCGCGUUUCUUCAUGACUUCAACGGCCGUACGGGAACCUGCAGCUACCGAAAAGUCCAAAUCAAAGGUUGCCGCGAAGAAAACUCCCGCGAAGAAGAAAAAACCUGCUGCCAAAACGAAGAAAGUUGCUGACAAGGAAGCUGCUACAAAGAAGAGAGCCCUUGUGCAAAAGAAGAGGCUCGCUGAGAAGGCCAAGCAGGCCAAGGCCCUCAUUCCCAGGAAUAGGAUUUUCCCUGUCACCAGGGAAAUGUUCCCUCCCAAGCAGCUUCCAGGAGCGUUUAUUCGCUAUAUGGUAGCGGAGAAUGCCACGAGCCCCAAAAUAACCACCGUUAAGGACGGGCAGGCCAGGAUUGCUGAACUAGCAGCGAAAUGGAGAAGUCUCCCUGAGGAAGAGAAAGCGACUUAUAGAGCUUCCAAGGAGGAAUUGGCGGCUCAUCGCGCUGCUAAGAAAGAGUGGGAGGAUAAGACACCUGCUGAUAUUCAAUGGGCUUUCAAGAACAGGGGUAGGGCUAAAGGGUCGGGUAAAGUUCACAUUCGAGUCAUCGACGAAAAGAGGAAGUAUAAUGCGUAUAUCCUCUUCUUCAAACAUUAUCAUGCGACAGAGUAUGUGACGUACAAGGAUGCCGGUAACGCCAUUCAGUUUGGAGCUGAGGUUGCCAAAGCCUGGCAUGCCUUGUCAGAAGAAGAACGAGAGGCCUGGCGUCAGAAGUCGGUUGUUGCUAAAGCUGAUUGGGAGGCUCGACAUGCCGCUGCCUAAUUAUGAGGAAACACACCGACAGGCCCUUACUUUACUUUGAAGAGAUUGGUUCAACGUUCUUUACAGAAAUACCACUUGUACAUAAUUUGACAGAACUCCCCCCUCUAUCUACUCCUGAGUUAAA